AUGGAUGCACCAGACUGCAAGCCGAUGUUAGGCAACUUUGUGAGCAUAGUCGAGGACAGCAGCCGUGGCGAUGACACAGAUGUGACGAAGUCGAAUGCCGGUAUUGCGAAGCCCUCCGACAUUUACCGUCCCCUCCGUCUCAACCCCGUAUUUUACGACCAAGACCCCUCUGCGAUCAAUAAGCGGCGUUCCCGGGAGAAAGUGCGGGCCGCAAAGCUGCUACUCGAAGAUACCAGUAUAAAUGAGGAUGAGGAUUUGCCCGUAGAGGUCUAUUAUGGUUCCUCCAUCAGUGAUACCAAAUUUCUCAAGAAAAUGCGAGAGAAGGAAAAGUAG